AUGUUCAGAUUAUCACCAGUGUUAAGAUCAGCUGCAUCGACUUCAGUCCAAGCCGCCAAACAACAAGUUAAAUCAGUUAAACCAAAUCCUGCCUUUUCAAGCACUAGACAUUACCUCAGUAUUAUGAAAGAUAGAGUUCCCGGAAGGAUUAUUGGUGGUAUUAUCACAUUUUAUAUUGUCGGUUUCUGGCCUGUUGAAGUUGUUCGUUUUUUUACUACUGUUGGUCUUACAACUUUCUUGACACCUCAACCAAAUGUUGCCGCUGAAGCAGAUUAA